AUGAAGAGGAAGCUGGCACUCUCCGAGAUGCAGUUGGUUCUUCUCGUUUUAUUGGUGUGGCUACCCACAAGAUCAGUGCUGGCUGACUCCCUGGAAGACGAAGCUAAGAAUAACAUCACCAUCUUUACCAGAAUCCUAGACAGACUUCUGGAUGGUUAUGAUAAUCGUCUCAGACCUGGAUUAGGAGACAGUAUAACUGAAGUCUUCACUAAUAUCUAUGUGACCAGUUUUGGACCUGUUUCAGAUACUGAUAUG